CAAAGAUCGAUUAACUUUCUCAUGACAGAUUUCUAUCGAUCGGUAAAAAUAAAUAAAUAAAAGUAGUUAUAGUUCAAAUUGACUAAAUAUAUAUAUUCAUAUAAAAGCGUAAGAAGCGUAAUUACGAAAAUAAAGAACUCUCUGGACCAGAUUAUGGUAAAGAUAGACCAACAAAACGUUUUAUGCCAACUCAAGAUAUAAAAAAGGCACAAUCUGUACUAGCAUGUAAACCUCGAGUAUAUACAACAAGUGUUGCUAUCCCUAGUAGUAUUCUUGAUAGUGCACCUACUAUUGAAAUGAAGACCAUUCUAGCUGGUCAAAUUGCUCGUGCACUAGUCAUUUUUGCUGUCGACGAAAUUGUCAUUUAUGAAGAUAAAGUACAACAAGCAGUAAAGAAUAAAAUAGCAGAUCCUAAACUCUUUUUGGCACGAAUCUUUCAAUACAUGGAGACACCUCAAUAUUUACGUAAGCAACUAGUACCAAUUAGUCAUGAUUUGAAAUUUGCGGGUUUAUUACCCCCUCUUGAUGUUCCUCAUCAUCCUGCUAAAGAAGAAGCCACAAAAUAUCGUGAAGGUGUGACGUUGGAUAAGUCAAAGGAGGCAGAUUCAACUUUGGUAGAUGUUGGACUAUUUCGACGUGCUCGUAUUGAUCGUGCUCUACAACCUGGUCUUCGAGUUACAGUUGAAUUAAAUGAGGCAAUAGCAGCUGCAGACACACACAAGGGACAAAAGCCGUUGCCUGCAAAGGUGGUGAGUCCUAAAGUACCUCGAGAGAAGGCAGGUCUUUAUUGGGGCUAUAAUAUACGACUUGCGUCCUCAUUUUCACGUGUGAUUACUGAAUGUCCCUUUGACGAUGGAUAUGAUGUUUCAAUCGGUGUAAGCGAUCGUGAUGCAAAAGAUAUAAAUCAAUGUGAAUUAGAAAACAAUAUAAAACCAUUCAAACACUUAUUAAUUGCAUUUGGUGGUCCUUCAGGUGGACUUCAAGAAGCAAUCGAAGCAGAUGAAGAUUUAAAAGUCGGAAGUGAAGAUGCAGGAGAAUUAUUUGAUUUAUUUAUCGAUCCAAAUGCCAAAAGUGGUACUAGAUCUAUUCGUCUAGAGGAAUCUUUAAUGCUGGUUAUGUCUGUCUUGAAGCCUGUUAUUCUAAGUAAAGGAAAACUAUUAUAGAGAAUAGAAUAGAAAUGAAUAAAAUAGACUAUAAUAGCUUCUUUGUCAUUUCGGAAACCCC